GAGAGGCAGUGCUGAGUUAAAGGCACGCAAACAUAAACAGACACAUUACAGCAAAGUAACGAAAGGCAAGAGAGAUAGGGAGAGAGACGGAGAUCUGAGCUUCAACUGCCUCGUGCCUGAUUUUGUACAUCGAUCAUGAAUUUGUUGAGAGGAUCGGAAUAAAUCUAUCGUACGGGUUCGUGAAGGGUUAACGCAAAGCCUUAUUUCGUGGCACACGGAUUUUUUUGGCCUCGUUUAUCAGCUCGAUUCGUUUUCAGUCAUUACAGGCGCUAUUUGAUAUAUUAUAUUAUUAUUAUUUGUUGUGCGAUUGAAGAGAACGGCUUUAAAGAUGGGCUGUUUGGGAAACAGCAAGACGGAAGACCAGCGCAUCGAUGAGAAGGCGCAACGAGAGGCAAAUAAAAAGAUCGAGAAACAGUUACAGAAAGAGAGACAGGCGUAUAAAGCCACUCACCGCCUGCUUUUAUUAGGCGCUGGAGAGUCCGGGAAAAGCACUAUAGUGAAACAGAUGCGCAUCCUGCACGUCAAUGGCUUUAACGCAGAAGAAAAGAAGCAGAAAAUCUUGGAUAUCCGGAAAAAUGUAAAGGAUGCCAUUGUGACAAUAGUAUCUGCUAUGACCACCUUAACACCCCCUGUUGCAAUCGCCAACCCAUCCAACCAUCCCAGCGCUGAGUACAUCAGGAGUAUAGCUCCGCUCUCAGACUUUGACUACUCAGAGGAGUUUUUUGAGCAUGCAAAGCGUCUGUGGGAUGAUGAGGGGGUUAAGGCCUGUUUUGAGCGCUCAAAUGAGUACCAGCUCAUCGACUGUGCCCAAUACUUCUUGGUCAGAAUUGACUCUGUCCGACAGAGUGACUACACACCAACAGAUCAGGACUUGCUGAGGUGUCGUGUUUUGACUUCAGGGAUUUUUGAAACUCGUUUUCAAGUAGACAAAGUCAACUUUCAUAUGUUUGAUGUGGGUGGUCAGAGAGAUGAGCGAAGAAAAUGGAUCCAGUGUUUCAAUGACGUGACAGCCAUCAUCUUUGUCGCAGCCAGUAGCAGUUACAACAUGGUCAUAAGAGAAGACAACAGCACCAACCGGCUGCGCGAGUCUCUUGAUCUCUUCCGCAGUAUCUGGACUAACAGGUUUUUAAGGACCAUCUCAGUAAUCCUGUUCCUCAACAAACAGGACAUGCUAGCAGAUAAGAUCCUGGCAGGCAAAUCCAAACUUGAAGAUUAUUUCCCUGAGUAUGCACGCUAUACACUGCCUCCUGAAGCAACGCCUGACCCAGGAGAAGACCCGAAAGUGUCCAGGGCAAAGUUUUUCAUCAGAGAUGAGUUCUUGAAAAUCAGCACAGCAAGUGGGACUGACAAACACUACUGCUAUCCCCAUUUCACCUGUGCUGUGGACACAGAAAACAUUCGGCGGGUAUUCAAUGACUGUCGUGACAUUAUUCAGAGGAUGCAUCUUCGCCAGUAUGAACUCUUGUGAUUGGCUGCCUGGAUUGUUCGCUACUUCAAUCAAAACUUUUCUGAGAACUACUGAGGAGUGACAGCGUUUUCAUGUUUCUUCUGCUUUUAUUCUCUUUUUAUUUAAAUCUAUAUAUAAUAUAUAUAUAUAUUUCUGAAUAAGGGGGAAGUGGAUGUAUGAUAUGAGUGUGUGUAAAUUAGCUGUUUUACAUUUGUAUCACUCCCAAGUCGUUCCUCUUUAUAUUUUGUAUGUAUCAUCUUUGGCUAGACUUGGAGCAGCUGAAAAAAACAUAUAGUAACCUUUUCCAGGGUGCUCUGACUUGCAGUGAGAUUAUGUGGAAGUACUUUGAAGUCUAAACAGGUACAGUUAAUGAAGCACUUUGCAUACAUUUACUAAAGAUGGCCAGGAGGCAAAAUUCACAAUGUAGCACCUAAAUAUUUAUUGCUUUCCACUUUUGUUGUUUUUCUUUUGCCUUGUUUAGUUUUCUGCAAAAGACUUCAGGGCUAGAUGGGAGUUUGUAAUUGACUACAGAGCACAUAGAGUGUUGUUUAGGUGCAGAGGCUUGUAGGAUUUGAUGUAAUCUGCAUUCCUUAUUCAACUGACAUCGGUAGCCAUCCAUCUUGGGAGCCGUCCAACUUUUAACUGGCCAUCCGAUGCCUCCUUUAGUACGGGUGACACCUGUUUAUGUGGUAGCCCUAAAUGUAGAUAUAAAGAUAUAAACAGUCUAUUUUUUUCUUUUUUUUUGAUGUUGUUCUAAAGAAUGUGAAAGACCACUCAAUGUUUUACAGAACUUUGAAAUGUUAUUUUGUAUAUCUUCAACAAGAAAGACAAAGCUGACUUGUAGAAGCUCAUUGUGCCUUUGAUUAUGGCUGUACCUGUAAAUGAGGAGAACAUGUAUAAUGUGUGAGACAGCGCUGUAAUGCUUGAUGUCAAAUCUUACAAGCAGCACAGUGUGCUGAUGAAAAAUCUUUCAGUAGACAUGUUAUUCCUGGUUCCUAAAGCUCCAAACGCGCACACACACACACACACACAGUAUAUACAGUAUAAACAUACAUACAUAAAUAUAUACAGUACCCGUCAAAAACAAUGUUUUUAAUGAUCUAAAAAAUAUUUUAAUCCAGAAGUGUAUGUUUAAAUGUUUUGAUUUGUUGUAGUUACAGCAUAAUUUCCACAGUAACAGUUAACCAUAUGCACGGUUAUUUAAUGGUUUUUGAUAAGGCAGCUUAGUUAUAUUUUGACAUUCUACACUUACUGCCUUUAAAAAUUGUGACAAACUAUGGUCAAUUUGAAAUGUGCUGAGUAGAAAAACUGAGAGAUGCCGCCGUGCUCAGCUGUUUUCUCAUACAGGGAUAAAAUGUAAUCUUUUCUUAUCAUGUUUAAUGUUUGAACAACUUAAUUUAUUUUACGUCACGAUCAAAUAAGCGAGCCAUGUUUGCAACGCCUCUGGCCAGUUAUUUACAUUAACAGUCCUAUCUCUCUGAAUGGUGGAAGGCUGAUAUUUUCAAAAUUGCUGGAAAAAAUCAAUAUUAAAUAGCAUAUUUCAAAUCAAUGUUUAAACCUGAUAUGGACAAGCUUAAAGUGCGUAAAAAAAAAAACCUUUUCUACAUCGCUUCAGUUUCUUAAGUUCUUAAGAAAAUUUUGUGCAUAUGGUCAAUUGUACUAUUAGAUAGUUUUUAUGGGUUUACUAUUAUUCUAAAAGGGGGAAGAAAAUAAAUAAUGAACGAUUACGUGUUUCCAAACUUUGGUACUGUAUGUAUGUAUUUAUGUAUGUUUUUAUAUAUGUAUAUAAAAAUAAUCAUAUAUACAAUAUGCAAAGUUUAAUAGAUUGUUUAAAAAAUUGCAAAUUCAGAUUGCCUUCAAUUUCAUUCUUUGACUUUUUGAUUUUGUCCAACAGGAUCAGCUUUCAAUUUGCGACUGGCUUUUGUUUUGAGUAGGAUUAAUUUAUUAAGUGUGUGAUAUUAGUGUGUGCAGACUGUAUGUGGGAUCAAAGCUGGUUAAGGUGAAUCUAUGUGAAUGUACAAACAUACCACAAGUACAUCUGCAUUUUAUUUGUACAUAUAUGUUUAUUAAAAGAUCAAAAAUAUAUUCUAUAAAUAUAUAUGUACAAGUAUUCAUAAUAACAUGUGUGCCUACAUGUAUACAUAUUUAUGAUUGUUUAGUAAGGUUUUAUGCAUUAUUUGGAGAGUGCGGAACUGAGACUGGUGAUUCUUUACUAGCCAUCAGAAGACUGAAUGUGAGCACUAAUAGGUUAUUCUCUAAGCUUUAGUAUUGUAUGUCCACACUGUUUUACUCACCAAUAGGCAAGGCGGCACCAAGGGAUAGUUCAUCCAAGAAUGAAAAUAACCAUUGCAUAUUCGAUAAUUAUUCCUUUUUUAUGUAAAAGAAUCCUCAUUGUAGAAAUAUGUCAUUGACAAAAGCAUACCGUGACAGUUCAUAGUUCAUUUCUUUCAAGUUGCAAAUUCUAUAUAAUAAACAGACAAAUAUAGUAUAAAUGUAGUUUCGAAAGAGUUCAUACUCCACCAGGCCUGCAGAAAUUAAUUGAACAGAAUUCAAGCGCUCUUCAGGUCUUUGGCCAGAAACACCCUGACAGUUGGCCAAUCCAUCACAGGGUGGAUGAUAUGACCAGUUUAAAAACAUUUACAUUCAUGAAUAGAAAGGCAGACCACUGUAAAAUGCUGGACUUUGCAUGACUUUGCUCUAAUCUCGAGUCAUAUUACAGCUUUGUGGAAGGAACAGGCACAAGAGGAUUAUAUUAUUGUCUCCUCACUGAACCCCUGCAUGUGUUCAUUUGUCUAAAAUGUUUUGAUCAUUCCUAUUCAUGUCCAUUGUGGUUUCUAAACUUGCACCAGGACCAGUUCUGUGAUGUUAAGCAGAAAAAUGUAUGAUUCCUCUGGGCAGCUCAUAAAACAAAAAAAAUUCAGUUACCAACAAUACAUUACAAUUGUAUAAAAUAAUAUAUUGUUAUUACAUGUUGUACUUUUGAAAGGCUUUUCCAAUUAAACUGAAUUAACU